AUGGCGAGCGCAACCCACGCCGACGGAGGAAAAAAAAACACCAACCAAGGAGGAACCACUUCCUAUGAUGACUUCAUCGAAUUGAGGAAGAGAAUUAUCCUCAAGGAAAAAGAACUUUUGGAAAAAAAAAAAAAAAAAAGGGCAGAAGAAGCAAGUGUGAAAAAUGGAGGAGAAGAAAUUGCUGUGAAGGAGGAGGUGGAGGGACAGAAGGGGAAAGUCGUCAUGUACAGGUCCUUUGACGAGUUUUACAAGUAUAAAAAGAAUUUUGAGGAUCACGAGGUGAAGGUGAAGAGGGACGCCAUGAAGUCACUCAGUAAGUGCAGCGCUAGUGGCGCUAGUUAUGUAGGCGGCAGCAGUGACGCAACUGGUGGUAAUGAUGCAAGCGGUCCUAACGACGUUCACGCUGCUAACAAUGUGCACGCUGCUAACGAACGGGGAGAGCGCGGCGACCGCGGCGACCACCGGUACUCGUACAUCAAACUAAAAACGGAGAGACAAGGUACCGUCAAACAGCUGAAGGAGUACUUCCAGAAAAUGCAGGAGGACCAAAUACAAAAGAGAAACAACGAGAUGCUUCAGAAGAGAGACAAAAAGGGGGCCACAAGUGCUUCAGACAAAGGGAAUGAACGUGGACUGAAUAGCGGCAACACCGUAUUGGGAAGAAUGGAAAACGAAAAGAGGUGCUACUCACCUGAGGAUGACCUUCCCACGACGCUUCACCCCUGCGCUGGUGCAGUGGACACACGCGACAAUCGAGCAAACUCCCAAAGUGAUCACAUGGACACGAAAGAGUUGGAACUCCUGUGCAACCUCAUUAGUGAAAUGAAGAAAAGCUGCGACAACGGGGAAGACUACAUUGCUCAUUUAGUUCAGGACCUACACAAGUCUAAUAAGAGGCACCUGGUGCAGAAGAUUCUGCAAAUACUCAAAACCGUUGACAAUAAAAUAACCUCCGAGCAGGGGAAGAAGCCAUUAGAGCCGGGUGAAAGCAAAGUUGGAGAAGGAGACACGAGAAAAAAAAACCCAAACGUGAACACGUCGAUCAACAUGGUGAGUGACAAACGUGUGGGGAAUGCAGACAAGGCUUUACCUGAUAAGCAAAAUACAAAUGGAGGCCAUCCUAAGGUGCUUCCAAAAAAUACUUUAAAUUCGAGCAGCCUUCACAAAAAUGAAAAGGAGAAAAAAAAUGCACCGGUCAGAAGUGGAAGUCCUAUCCAUGUAAAAAUAAAAAAAUACAACGAUGCAGUACAGGCAGGAUAUUCUCAAAUGGGUCGCCCCCCAUAUGCGAAAGGGGAGGUGGGUAAGGCAGAUGGGAGUCUGACCCGCACAACGGACCCAACAAAAGACCCAACAAAGGGGGAGAAAGGCAUGGACAAGGAAAAAAGUGGUAAAAAGGGGGCACUUCAAGACGGGAAGAGCAACCAAACGAGCACCACUUCCAGUGAUGAAACGAACAGUCAGUCAAAACGUCCACACGAUAACGCCAGUUCGCUCCCUCCGAAUGGCAACACAGCUAAGAGUGAAACCAACGAGGCCGGAAAGUUUGAAUGGUUUUAUGCCACCAUGAAGGACUUAUAUAGCGAGGAUGACGAGGAAGUUGGGGAGCCAAACGAUGGACCAAGCGGCAAGCCAAAUUAUUACUCAAGUGAGGGUAGCGAAAACGACGACCUAUUUACGUGGCUGCAAAACAGAGAUGUUGAAAAAGUUUUGAGUGGAAAGAAACGGAGUGAUGAGGGAGAGACCAGCGAGGAGUCAGGACUUGUCCCCGUCCCAUGA